GCGCGGGGCUGCGGCGCGGGAGAAAGGGCGGGCCCGGGCGGGCGGAGGCGAGCGGGGGCGGGGCCUCGCGCCGUCCUGGGGCGGCCCUUAGGGCUGGCCCCGCGCUGGAGGUGCAGAUAACCCGCUGGUGCUGCCCUCGCUGCUGCUGUCUCCGCCGCCUCCCCGACCUCCGCUGCCUCUGCUGGCUGUCACCAUGAACCAGGACCUACAGAAGGAGCGGGCCGCCGCCAGCUUCAACCCGGAGCUGCUCACCCACAUCCUGGACGGCAGUCCAGAGAAUACCCGGCGCCGCCGAGAGAUCGAAAACAUGAUUCUGAGUGACCCAGACCUGCAGCAUGAGGACCUGAACUUCCUCAGUCGAAGCCAGCGUUACGAGGUGGCUGUUAAGAAGAGCGCCACCACGGUGAAGAAGAUAAGGGAGUUUGGCCUCGCAGACCCGGAUGAAAUCCUGUGGUUUAAAAAACUGCAUUUGGUCAAUUUUGUGGAACCUGUGGGCCUCAAUUACUCCAUGUUUAUUCCUACCUUGCUGAGCCAGGGCACCACUGCUCAGAACGAGAAAUGGCUGCCUCCGUCCAAACGACUGGAGAUCAUUGGCACCUACGCCCAGACGGAACUGGGCCACGGAACUCAUCUUCGAGGCUUGGAAACCACAGCCACUUAUGACCCUGCAACCCAGGAGUUCAUUCUCAAUAGCCCUACUGUGACUUCCAUCAAGUGGUGGCCUGGUGGACUUGGGAAGACCUCAAAUCAUGCGAUAGUACUGGCCCAGCUCAUCACCCAGGGGAAGUGCUAUGGACUGCAUGCCUUCAUUGUCCCUAUCCGGGAACAGGGGACCCAUAAGCCUUUACCAGGUAUUACCGUCGGGGACAUUGGCCCCAAAUUCGGCUAUGAUGAGAUGGAUAAUGGCUACCUGAAGAUGGACAAUUACCGUAUUCCCAGAGAAAACAUGCUGAUGAAGUAUGCCCAGGUGAAGCCAGAUGGCUCGUAUGUGAAGCCCCUGAGUAACAAGCUGACCUACGGCACCAUGGUGUUCAUCAGGUCCUUCCUCGUGGGCGAGGCCGCCCGGUGUCUGUCGAAGGCCUGCACCAUCGCCAUCCGCUACAGCGCCGUGAGGCACCAGUCUGAACUCAGGCCAGAUGAACCAGAACCACAGAUUUUGGAUUAUCAAACCCAGCAGUAUAAACUCUUUCCCUUCCUGGCCACUGCUUAUGCCUUCCAGUUUGUUGGCGCAUAUACAAAAGAGACCUAUCACCGCAUUAAUGAAAACAUCCGCCAGGGGGACCUGAGUGGCCUGCCUGAGCUUCACGCCCUCACCGCGGGGUUGAAGGCUUUCACAUCCUGGACGGCUAAUGCUGCUAUCGAAGCUUGUCGGAUGGCGUGUGGCGGGCACGGCUAUUCUCACUGCAGUGGACUUCCAAAUAUCUAUGUCAAUUUCACCCCAACCUGCACCUUCGAGGGAGAAAACACUGUCAUGAUGCUGCAGACGGCCAGGUUCCUGAUGAAAAGUUACAACCAGGUGCACUCAGGCAAGUUGGUGUAUGGCACGGUGUCCUACCUGAAUGACCUGCCCAGCCAGCGCAUCCAGCCUCAGCAGGUGGCAGCCUGGCCGACCGUGGCGGAUAUCAACAGCCCUGACAGCCUGAUCGAAGCCUAUAAGCUGCGUGCCUCCAGACUAGUAGAAAUUGCUGCAAAAAACCUUCAAACUGAAAUGAGUCACAGGAAGAGCAAGGAGACAGCAUGGAACCUAACUUCCAUUGACCUCGUCCGAGCCAGUGAGGCACAUUGCCACUACGUGGUAGUCAAGCUCUUUGCUGAAAAACUCCACCAGAUUCAGGAGAGAUCCAUCCACGCUGUCUUAAGGAAUCUGUGUCUCCUCUAUGCUCUGUAUGGAAUCAGUCAGAACUCAGGGGAUUUUCUUCAGGGGAGCAUCUUGACAGAGGCUCAAGUCACCCACGUGAACGAGCGUGUGAAGGAAUUACUGAUGGCCAUUCGCCCUGAAGCCGUCGCUCUCGUUGACGCAUUUGAUUUUCAGGAUGUGACCCUGGGCUCCGUGCUUGGCCGCUAUGACGGGAAUGUGUAUGAAAACAUGUUUGAAUGGGCCAAGAAAUCCCCGCUAAACAAAACGGAGGUCCAUGAAUCUUACCACAAGCACCUGAAGUCGCUGCAAUCCAAGCUCUGAAGUGUCCUGACGACGAGUUCAGUCUGCUCCCGAAAGCAGUUGUGCUCCGUUCCCCUCACACCUGUCACAGAAAUCUGCGUGGAACCUUUAUCCAAUUCAGAAAAGCUGUAGAGCAAAUGAUAAAUUUUCCCUUUUCUCUUUUUUUACAUUGAAAAAAAACAAAAAAAAACAAAACCCCCCAAUUUCGGAGAUUAAAGGAAAAAAAUAGGUGGUUUACAAGUGCAGUUAACACUGAAAGACUGUUGGGCAUUCAGAAAGGCUUUAAGAUGUGUGGUAGGACUUCCAUUUGUACUGCUGACCCCAGGAGGCUAUGACUUUUAAUAAUCUGUAGAACUUAACUACUAAGUAGUUAAUUAUUCCCUAAUCACAAGUGUUUUUAAAGCAAAGCAAAGGUAUUUCGUGAGGGGGGGGGGGUAGAACCCUGCCGCCCUUUCCCACUAAUCACCCUGCGACUCCCGCCAGGGCACGGGUUAGCCAGCAGGACUGAAGAGGGACCGCCUGGUGUACGUGUGACUUUGUGUUCGGCACGUUGAUACGUUUCCUGCCUGCCCACCUGCGUUCAUGUAUCGUGCCUGUCUAACUGUUCCGAGUAGUAGUUUCCCAGCACCAGGAUUUCCCCGGCACAGGCUACCAUGGGGUCCCUGCCCCAUGAAAUUAACGCAUCUUCCACUGGAGGGGUCCCUAAAGUGCCACUCGAGUGCUCCACAAGGCCCUUUGUCCCCAGCUUCUCGGAAGGGGGGAGGGAGCGAGGUUUUCUCUGCGUGUUUCUACUUGUGGCAACUGAUGGGGCCUCGGUCAGUGCUUCUGCUCCUUCCUCUCCCUCUCCUGAGAGAUGCGGAAGAAAGGAGGCAAAAACAGCCCCACUUCCGCCUUAGGAGGACAGGAGCAGGGAGCACGCUCAGUUAUGGUUGCUGUAACUUUGGUGACCACAUUGCUGGCAUUUCCUGAAACAGUCCAGUUUUCCUGUAGUCUGUCACUUUGGCCCAAGUCAUUAAAAUGCUUGGAGGUUACAGCAUCUGGCAUUACAAAAAAUAAAAGCAUCCCUUGUCGCCUCUUAGACCCAGGAGUAGCACAGAAAAAUCUGGACAAACGUCAUGUUCUGAUUUUUGGAUCAGAAAAUAUGAAUCAUUGAAACUGACUAAAGGGUAAGUGGAAGUUCCAUAGAACCUAUUUCUUUUUGUAUAUCCAAUUUUUUCGUCAGUAUCCGAUUUUAUUUUCAGUAUGUUCCUACGAGCUUUAUCUGACUUGCUGCACUGUCAGCCGAAGUCUAAUUUACACAAUCAUUCUAUAUUAAAAGGCUAAACAUGUAUCUCAAGGUAAUUUUUUCUUAAAAUCAGUGUAAAACAAGUCACUAGAUUUUUUUUUUUUUAACUUGUUAACUGUAUUUGUGACGUCUGCCUCAUGAAACCAGUCAUUCUAGAAUCAGUCUUGAGAAUGUUGUAUAUAACUGGGUGGAAAUGGAACUCCUGUCUUGGGACCUGACAUAAAAUCGAUUCCAGUAGAACUGGCAACAAGAGACUUUAAGGUCCGGCAAAAGAAAUACUGCCUGUUAAGCCUUAAUCUUUCUACUAGGAGAAUUAAUAGAUCAUUAUGUUCAGAUUGAAGUAAAAAUGCACUCUGUUCAUUUCCUUCGGGUGUUUCUUGACUAGUUCAGAUCCUGGGAGGUAAUAGAAUGUAUUCAGAUUGCUUAAUACUGACCUAUUAACUAUGGAAUUGUUUCCAAUUAGUGGUUAAAAAUUGUACUGACAGGAAUACCUGUGGCAAGGAUCCGAGAGUGUUUGGAACGAUACCCACCCAAUCCAGCUGCAUGGAUCUGGAAUCUGAGCAGGUUGCAAUAGGUUGUGGGCCCUGCACAGCCACCUUCUGUCCAGCACCUUAAGUUUUACUUACCAACUAAACUGGAUGUUGACCGUAUUUCUGUUAACAUUGAAAUGUUUUGUCUUGAAUCUUAUUCACUGUGAUUAAAGAAUAAAGUCCUGUAAAACCUGA